AUGCUUUUCCGUCCAAGAAUUGCUUUCAGACUCAUGUCCACUUCCAUGAUGCAAGCAAGCGCCUUCCCCCAUAACGAAGACACCACCAAAAUCUCUCCUAUGGUCUACGACAAAGAAGGGACUAUUGUUCCACGCAACUAUUUAGUCCUCAGAAAAGAAGAAGAGAUUGAAAAAUACGUCCUUAACUUGCUUCACAAUUAUUUCCGCACGUGCAAUAAAGCGGCUCUUUCUAUUAAUAGCUAUCUCCCUGAUCAUGGACUAGACAGCUUGGACGCCGUUGAACUUGUAGUAAGGAUGGAAGAUGAGCUUGGCUAUGUCAUCCCUGCUGAAGCACUUCCAGCUUUUAAGAAUGCCAGAGCUUUCGUGAACUAUAUCAAACAGACUGAAGACUUUAAAGCUGAGUUUAAUAAAAACCCAAUAAACUAA